UUUGAAGCUCUUAAAACCCUACCGCCUUUGCAUAGACUUCUUCGUCUACCUCGACAGGCGAAAGGGAAAAAAUGGCGUUGAAUUCGAUAUUCCGCAGAGCGUCCUCGUUGGUGUUGCCCCUCGCCGUCCGUUCUAUUGCUACUCCGAGAAGCUUCCACCAUGCCAUCUCUGCGGCCAUCACUGUUGGGAAGCGCAAUCUCAGCCAAGAUCUUAACCGCAGUUUCUUUCUCCCAUCUCUUCGAUCUUAUUCGGCCGCAUCUGCGAGUAACAAAGCUGACGUUAGUCUUCUUAACGUUCUUGAGUCUGAGAUUAAGUGUGCUGAGGAAGAUGAUCAGAACAGCGUAGACGAAAUCCCUGAAGAGUUUCCUUUCAAAAUCCAAGACAAUCCUGGAGAAAGAACCAUAUCACUCACCAGAAAGUACGAGGAUGAGAUCAUCAAAGUUGAAGUUGAUAUGCCUAAUGUUGCAGCUGAAGAUGAAGAUGAGGAUAAUGAUGAAGGGGGGGAUAACGAUGAGCAGACUCGUGAAGAAUCCAGCAUUCCACUGGUCGUGAGUAUUUCCAAGGAAAGUGGAGAAUGUCUCGAAUUUGGUGUUACCGCUUUCCCGGAUGAAAUAUCCAUAGAUCAUUUGUCAAUCAAGAAAGCUGAUGGUUCUGAAGACCAGCUUGCAUACGAAGGACCUGAGUUCCAAGAUUUGGACGAGAACUUGCAGAAAGCUUUCCACAAAUAUCUUGAGAUUCGUGGGAUCAAGCCCAGCACAACAAAUUUCUUGCACGAGUACAUGGUCAGCAAAGACAGCCGAGAGUACUCCAUGUGGCUGAAGAACUUGAAGAAUUUUGUUGAGAAAUAAAUUUAAUCAGUCCCACUUUUUCGGAGUAGGGUAUGAACUCUUUUAUUACAGCAUCAUUUAGGUUUGUAUUUUGAUUGAUAUAACGUAGGGAAGGUUUGCCUACGAUUUUGAGAACUAUAUAAAAAGUAAAUCAUCCGGUUAAAGGGAUAGUUCCUUCAUCUAUUUAAAACAGUUUGGGAGCAAA